GACAAACAGGACAAACAGCCAGGGUCCCUCCCUCCACUCGCACCAAGGCAAGCACCGCACCGCAUGUCCAGCUCCUCCUUGACGGCGUCAACCCUCCCUCCUCCUCGACAUCGCAGCAUGAGAGUGCCAUAGCCUUCGCCUUGAACCCGAGCAGACCCCAGACCACCCCAACCCCACCGCCCACCGCCCAUCAAUUGGCGCUCGACUCCCCUCGUCCGCCCGCUCGCCCCCUCCGCUUCCACCCUCGAUCUCCCACUCCCACUCCCACUCCACCCUCGCUCCCUCCCCCCCGACGACACGAUGGAACGCCUCUCGAUCAGUGAAAACCCCGCGGGGGCUCACCACGGCAAUGCGCCGCCUGGUUUCCCUCCGCAGAACAACAACGCCCUCGGGCCCAUGACGCAAGGUCCUCCGCAAUUGCCGCCGCAAAUGUUCACAACGGCCGCCCAGUUGUUAGAUUUGACAGAUAAGAAACUGGUUCUCGUGCUGCGAGACGGGCGGAAAUUGAUCGGAGUUUUGAGAAGUUGGGAUCAGUUCGCGAACCUCGUCCUCCAGGAUACCAUCGAACGGAUCUAUGCCGGAAACCUCUAUGCCGAUGUCCCGCGGGGGAUAUUUAUCGUUCGAGGAGAGAAUGUGUUGCUUUUGGGUGAAAUUGAUCUCGACAAGGAAGAUGAUGAGCCGACUCACGUCCAACGAGCCUCGUUCCAGGAAGUCUUCGAGCUGAAGAAGAAGGAGGAGAGUGCGCGGAAAAGAGGGGAUAAGAAGCGCCAGGGCAAGUUGCAGACGCUUGGGUUCGAGCCCGAACACAGCGGAGAGAUUCUGUUUUAGAGCUGAACCGUGCCUUAUUUUUUUUGUCUU